AUGGCGGCGGAGUCUGCCUGGUGCUGGCCGUGGCUCAGCUCCGGCGCGGCGUGGUUCCUCUUCUUCAACGUCGUCGUCGGCGCCGUGGCAGUCCUAUCCUGGCGGCAGGGCGGCGACGAGCCGAUGUCCAGGCGGAGGAGGCUCACCCGGAGCGCGUCGUCCAUGGUCAUGGAGCGCCUCCGCUCCAUGUCCGUCUUCGCCGCCUUCCACUCCGUGCCCGAGCACGACUACGGCAGCGGCCUCGCGUCGCCGCCGUCGCUGUCGCAGCUCCACCACGUGCAAGAGUACUACACGUCGUCGCAAGUAGAGGGAGGAGAGGAGGUCGGGCACGCGGUGAAGCAGCCGGAGCCAGCCCUGCCGGAGGGGGAAAGGGAAAGGCUGGCGGCGGCGACCGUGGCUCCGUCGACAUUAAGCGAUCCUGAUGCAGCAGCAGCAGCGGAAGUACGUUCAGCGGCUUCUGUGUCAGGGAGCGUCAAGGCAGAAGCAGAGACACGGAUGGAGGUGUCGAGAUGUUUGGGAGACGCGUGCACUGUAGCAGUGGUCCGGCAGCGAGCCGCGCCGGAGCCGGAGCCAACUCCAGCCACGGCCCCCGCCAAGAGUGCUACGACGGAGAGGCCGAGGAAGCGGGAGCCGGCGAAGGUGGCGGAGACUGUCGGGCGGCGCGUGCAUGCGGAGAUAGAAGAGAAGGCUGAGGUGAACGCGCGGGCCGAGCGGUUCAUCCGGCAGUUCCGGGAGGAGCUCAAGCUGGAGCGCAUCAAAUCCAUCAUCAACCAGAGCGCCGCCGCAUCGGCACGGUAG